GGGCUCGGCUGCGGCCCGGCUGCGGCAGCGGCGGCGGAGCGAGGCUCGGCCGGGCUCGGCCUGGUUCGGUUCGGUUCGGUUCGGUUCGGUUCUGUCCGGCCCAGUCCGGCCCGGCGUCUCCUCAGCGUCCCGCCAUGGCGCUGCUGCGGGCGGCCGCGCUUCCCGCUGAGGGGUCUCCGGCCUGGCUGCCCACCCACGUCCAGGUGACGGUGGUGCAGGCCCGCGGGCUGCGGUGCAAGGGCGGCGGCAAGCCGGGCACAACCGACGCCUACACCAUCAUCCAGCUGGGCCGCGAGAAGUACAGCACGUCGGUGGCCGAGAAGAGCACCGGCAACCCCGAAUGGCGGGAGGAGUGUGCCUUCGAGCUGCCCCCCGAGCUGGGUGCCCUGGCGGGCCCGGCCCGCGGUGGCCUGGUGCUCACCGUCAUGCACCGGGCCCUGGUGGGCAUGGACCGCUUCCUGGGCCAGGCCCUGGUGCCCCUGGAGCCCGCCCUGCAGCAGGGCCGUGUGCCUGAUGAGCGGUGGCACAAGCUACACUCUAAGGCUGGGAAGAAGGAGAAGGAGCGUGGUGAGAUCCUGGUGAGCAUCCAGUUCACACGCAACAACCUUACAGCCAGCAUGUUCGACCUGUCCAUGAAGGACAAGCCGCGGUCGCCUUUUGGCAAGCUGAAGGACAAGGUGAAGGGCAAGAAGAAAUACGACUUGGAGUCGGCCUCUGCUAUCAUCCCCAGCAGCUUGGGCGCCCUCGACGUGGAGGAUGACUACGACAUCGGGGGCAAGAAGUCCAAAGUCAAGGGCUUCUUCUUGAAGAACAAGCUGCGCAAGUCGUCCCUGACACAAUCCAACACCUCCCUGGGAUCCGACAGCACCAUCUCUUCUGCCAGCCUGGUCUUGGCCACAAAUGUUCCCGAGGUAACCAAAUCCCCAAGCAGACACAGCAGUCUGUCCACAGAACGCUCUGUGAAAGAUUACUUGCCAUCUCCAAAGCUGACCCACAAGAGAGCAUUCAGUGAUGAUGUCUCCCAAGUCAGCCCGGUCCUGGAGCCAAAAGCAAUCCAAAGCCUGAAGCCAAAGAACGAUCCCGUGUCCCGCUCUUCCCUCUGCAUCAACGGGAGCCACGUUUACAGCGACGAGCCUGCACCAAAGAGCCCCGUGUCUGUCCCGCCGAGCUCGGCGCCGCUGUCCGUGCCUGGCAUCCCCAGACGGCAGGAGGAGGGCUUCGGCUUCAGUCCCCUCCAUCCCGACUCCCAUGAGGUGCCUUGGGGGGUCAGCAGCUUUGAGAGGACGCAGCAGAGAGACGAGCCCAGGUUCAUCCCGUCUCCUCCCAGCUUAGCCUUGCAAGAAGAGCUGAAGGUCUCCACAAAAGCUGUCACUCUCAGUAACCAUCUGGGCAGAGCCAAGAUGGAAGAAAACAGUCGCUUAGAGAACAAACCGACUCAGGCUGCAGCACCCAUGGUCUUCUCCACGGAGACCAUGAAGGACAAACAACCGGAGGAAAUGAGGAAGGAAGACAAGAAGGCGAAGGGCGGCCUCUUCCACCAUGGUGGCAACAAGAGCGAUGCGGGGAGCAAAGGCCAGGGGGAGAAAGUGGGAUCGUCCCACGGCUCGUCCGUCCAUGCGACGGCAGGGGGAGAUGAGAGGAAUAAAACCAGCGGCUGGUUCGGUUCAAAGGAGCCCAAAGAGUCCCCUCAGAAACCCAGUUUCCCGUCUGAGCCGCAUGCUUCAACAGAGGUCGCUGGGAGCUUUUAUUCCUCUGAGGAUUGCAGUCCCUCUGCCUCCCUAAGACACAAAGACCCAGAGAGGGAGUCUCCAGCCAAAAGUGUUUGUGUCCCCGUUCCAGAAACUACUCCCCCAUCACAAGGAGACCUUCCUCCUCAGGAUGAGAAACCCGCCGUCCCUCCUCCCCUCUCGGAGUGGGACGACACCUUCGAUGCCUUUGCGACCAGCAGGCUCAAACCAGAACUGAAGAAGGAAAACUUCUUUGCUUCGGUGGUGGCGGAGGGCAUGGCUUUCAUCGACGAUCCCGACGCAGCCAGCCCAACGGAAAGAUUGGCCGAGCCAGCUCGCGAGAAAGGGACAAAGGUAUUUGAAAAGGCUGAUUCACAAAUUGGCAGUGAAAUGCCCGCAACUCUACGGUCUUGGACAAAUUUCUCUGGUUUAGACGUGGGGGCAAACUUGGUGAGCACAACCCAGGAAGCGACCGUGAUAGAGGAUGUGCUGAGCCCUGUGUCGGCGGGGUCGAUGGGAAGGAGGAGGAAAAGCAGCACGCCUACAGUUUGGACAGCCACGUUUGCAUUGGGAAAUCCAGGGGAAAAAGAGGCUUCAACAUCACUAACUGCUGAAAAUAGUACUAGGGAGGAAGGGGACAGUAACGAGGAGGAAGCCUCUAGUGCAGGGACAAAUGGAUGGAUGACCAUAGCCACCGAAACCGCUCCUGACCUGUCAGAGAGCGCCCAAAGCGUGGCUGAGCAGGAGCACAUGGGGCAGGAGAGUGCAUUCGGCCCACAGCCAGCCUUAUUCAGCGAAGGCUCCUUCGAAGCCAAAAGCGGAUCUCGUGCUGCUGCUUGCGUGUUGCCCAGAAGCACCUUCGCCCCCGAGCUCGCCUCUGAAACCCUGCCAGGCAGCAACGUGGCGGCUGUGCCCCCCCGGGUGCUCGCAGAUGUGGCAGCACGACGGUUCCCUGUGGCCCCCGAGCCAGGGACAGACCCCCAGGGUCCUGGUAGCGAGGAGGAAACAUUUGACAUACGGACUUCAGUCUACCGGCUCCAGGCUAGUAUGCGGCUCGAGGCCAGUGAAAGUCGUGUAAAACUCAGCUCUGACAUUCGCGAGAAGCACGUCGUCCUCUCUCCAUGGACGGGUACCCGAGAGAGGGAGGAGAUGGUGGCCGGCUCAGCCACGCCGCCCCCCAAACCUCCGAGGUGGUUCGCGGCCACAGGCAGUGGAGGGGACGGCGAGGAGGAGGAUGCCUGUGACCCGCAGCCGAGGCGGCAAGGCAGUGAGGAGCGAUGGGAAGACACGGAGGGCCUGAAGGCAGACGUGGAGCUGCCGAGGAGCCGUCUGAGCAGCGAGCCCUCUGUCCCGGCGUCUCCCAGCCCGCCCACGCUGGGAAUGGACACAGCUGAAGCUGGGAGCGAGUUCCCAGUCUCCAAGGAUGCUGAAUCUGCCACUGCGGACUCAGCAGCUAACGAGGAGGCGAGACCUAGCGAGCUGGCAAAAAGAGACACCUCUUUGGGGGAAGACUGGUCAGACAUGACUGAGACGGAUGCGGCUGAGCAGUUUGAGACUUGCCCGUCGAAGUUGUCCCUGGACGGAUUAGGCCAGUCGAGUGCUAAGGAGAGCUGGAGCCAGCCAGGUUUAUCUCCUCUGACGGGGGCUGCAGAUGGUGCCAAGUGGGAGAUGGCCUCCGAACAGGAGCCGUUCCCUGAGGAGCCCAGUAUGUUGAGGCUAAACCCACCUUCCAAGCUAGACCUGGGCCAGCCGGAAAUCUUCUGGACGGCUCUGGAAGAGCAGGAGGCAGCUGGUCACCCCGCGGGUCUUGGCCUGGCAGCACGACCCCAAAGGUUAGCGCGUGGGGAGAGUCCACCCCAGCCGGAGCCGGCGUGGGGUGGUGGUGAGGGGCGGCACGGGUCAGCGGCCAGCCCCACUGGGCGAGAGAAAGGCCGGCCUGAGCCUUGUGCCCCCGUGGCAGUGGCCGGCUCUCCCCGGGAGGCAGAGCAGGGCAGACCCCCCGCCAGUGAGCCCGAGGGGCCGUGGCGCCGAUGCUCCGCAGACAGCAGGAUAGACUUCAAGAAGGCCGAUUUCUGGAAGCCAGAUAGGGUGGAGGAGAGGCACGGGCAGGACUCUUCAGCCCUGAGAAAUCCCUUUGCUCCGGCAUUCAGCCCAAAUUCCCCAAGCAAUCCCUUUGUGGAGAAGCCACCAGACUCUCUCCCUGUUCAAGCUGUGCUGCCCGAAAGGCUCGGUCAGGGAGGCUUCAGCUUUGCCAACCUCCAUGAGGAAGCCCUUGGGCAAGGCUUCCAGCCCACUAACCUCCCCGGGGACCCGCUAGCCAAGCCUCCUUUCCUGCAUGACAGCCAGCCCUUGGCCUUCUCCACCCCUUUCCUUGUGGCUGCAACUAACCCUAAACAGUUUGAUUUCCCUUCCCCUGUUGCGUGCCCCGCGAGCAGCGGGGUCCCCGCCGCGACCAGCCACGCAGCCGCCCAGCCCUGCCCUUUGCCGCAGUCCGGUGACACACAAGCUUCAGCGCUCGUGGUUUUGCCCAGGGAGACACAGCCAGCUGAGAAGCCCUUUUUCCAGCAGACAACCAGUCCUCACCCAGUGAAACCCAUCAGCACUGUGGUGCAAGAGGUCUCCAGUGAGAAGAAGCAGCAGCAGCACAGGUCCAGCCUGACGACCGCUCUGAGCAAUGGCCUGGAGAAGCUGAAGACGGUCACCACGAGCAGUGUCCAGCCUGUGGCCCCAUCCUCUCACCCAGAGAAAACACACUCAAAGAUGUUAAAGGAUCCCACUGUACCGGACCAGUCAGCCAAGUAUUAUCACUUGACCCACGAUGAACUCAUCCAGCUCCUGCUGCAGAGAGAGAAGGAGCUGAGCAAGAAGGAGGAGCACAUCCACGAACUGGAGAACUACAUCGACCAGCUGCUGGUGCGCAUCAUGGAACAGUCUCCCACGCUCCUCCAGAUCCCGCUGGGGGAAAGCAAGACCAAGUAACCUCUCCGCAGAGACCAGCAUCACUUGCCUACAGCACUUCUCCAAUAAACACGCUGCAAACAUCCCUGCGCUCCCUCCCCUCCUCUUACAAGAGGGCUCCAGUGGCUUCUGUUCGCAGAGUUUAGCAGGACAGGUUAUCUGCUCCUCCCCAGCCCAAGCUUAUCCCAGCUCUGGCUCCAGGGAGCUAUAGGGUGGUGGGCUGUCACCCACCCUGUGGGGAGGAGCAGAGCCCUCCACAGGAGGCAGAUGCCUCCUCAGGUUCCUGUUGUGACCAAGCGGCAUCUUCUCAGGCACUCAUCCUGCCAAUGCUUUAAGUGGUCCACAGACAUUUGAGAGCCGGAAACCAACCACCUCACCCACCUCCUGCUCCUGCUGCUCUUCUGCCCGCACUCUUCCACAUCUCUUUUUCUCUGAAGUGGUGUAGCCUGGCUGGUGAAUGGUGUUAAAUUGGUUGAUGACAUCAGGGAUGCUUAACUCAGUAGGGAUCUACGAGCAUUCCUGUCUGCUCGGCCAGGCAGCUAGGGGAAGGGGCUACUGUUGGAUGCCUCUUUCCCUUCCUGCCCUGUAUGUUGUACCCCAAAACAAAGGGUCUCUGUCUGAAGAUCCAGCUCCAAGUUGUGCCAGUACCGUAUGGGAGACGCUACCCAAAGCCACUGCGCCGGAGUCAGAGGCCAUAAAUGACUCAAGCCAGCGUCACCGCCUGAUUGUGAGCGGUGUCAGUUCCUUCGAUGUGCAUGCGGAGUCGUGAUGCUGCCUCAGUUCCCCAGCUCAAAACUGAACUCGCAAUACAGGAGAAGGGCCAGUGAUGGUUUGUGCACCGUCAGCACUGCAGGAGAUCAUCUUGCACACCUCCCAACCCGUCACCAGGCUGGCUGGCACCAGUGUGCCCUGGGUGGGGGACUCUGUGUAUAAACCACAGCUGAAUUUUCUACUCAGUAUUACACUCCCCCUUCCCUGCGUCCGCAGGAAUUGCUUUCCACUGGCAGCACCCCACCAUUGACUUUGUAUCGUCUUUCUCCAUGCAACAGGAAAAUGCCAUCGGGACCGAAGCUCGUGUGCAGAGAAGGGGGUCUGACCGCCCAGCCACCUCUAUGCAUGACAUCCUGCUAGGUCAGACGCCCGCCAAACACUCUGUCAAAGCUAGCAAUUCAGUAAUCCUCGCAGGCCCCCUUCAAGCCAGUAUUAGUACCAAACACCGCUCAAAUUGUAUCUCAUCCGCGCACCAGUGUCGGGUCUCUGGUGGCCUGGGCCCACCCGUAGGCAUUGUAGGCCAGCUCUCUCUGGAGCUGAACGCUUCUCGCUACUCACUGCUGAGUGACCAUCUAACGGCCUCUGAUUCACCCGGUGUAACAAGCGUAGAUGACGUUAGCCUCAGGCUGGUGAGCGAUGCUCCCGGCUGCACUGGAGUACAGCACAGCUUUUGAUUUGGAGAUGCUGUGGAAGGGUGUAGAAAGGGUGUUGCUCCCUCUCUCGUUCUGCCAGGAUUUGGGCUAGAGAAGGUGCCCGUGCAGGCAGAGGGUCAGUUGGCGUGAGACUUGAGCUGUCUUGGACAUGUAAGGCAUCUUCUCUCUCCUGGAGAUCUCCCAAAGUUACUGGAUUCUUUUAAAACCUUCAUAUUCUUUUUUCCUUACUUGCUUCAAUGCAUACCACGACUUUGAAAAAUCGUGCCUUUUGCGAUAGAACAAUAGCAGUUUCCUACCAAAAAAGGCUCUGAAAUCCAGUUCUCAGUUUGCAGGCAGCUUUCUCUUCCGUUUGCCUGCUAAUCCGCACUAGGUGAGUUUAUUUUUAAACGCAGACAGCAGAGCCUUCUCACCCCUGCACGCAGGUUGUGCUUUUGGUCUUUGGCAGGAGUUCUGCUCGGGCAGCUCACGUGGUGUGGGAAGUACAGAUAUUGAGAUGACGCUGGGGGCAGAGCAAGCCCAAUGUUCCAAGACAAAAUACAGCUGGAUAAAGUCAGUAUUGGGUCAGGUGCAAAGUCUGAGGUCAGAGAAGUAGGCUGUAGGGUUAGAGAUACCAGCUGGAAGGGAGAUCUGGUGUUGCUGUCUCUGAAAACGUUUGGUCAUAUCUAGCCCGUAGACCAUCAUGGGAGAAGGAGGGUUUGUUACCAGGGAAGGUACCUGCCACGAGCCUUUAGUUCCUACCUGCCCCUUGUAGGAAGUAAUCUGGGGUUUCGCACUUCUCUGCCUGCAUCUUCGCGUUCCUCCUCCCUCUGCGUCUCUGCUGCGGGGACUUUGUUUCUGGUGUAAGAUGUGAGGGUCUGAGGGCAGGUGUUUCUUCAUAUAGAAAAGCACCAGAAACCUCUCUCUGCCUAUAUAUUCAAGAGAUCCCAUGGCCUGAGCGCUGGGUUCCCGUUCUGGUGGAUAUCUCUUGUGGAGAAGCUCUCCCUCUUACCUGGCAGCGGGCAGGGACAGCUAAGAGCAGUCCAGAAGAGCGUCAUGGUGCGGGAAGGAGGGUGGGGAGCAGGGGCAGGGAUGCUGGGCAGGGGUGCUGAAGGCUUAUGCCAGGCAGGUGUAGAGCUGAAAUCUCCUGAGAGGCAGGGGCCUGUGCUGGCUCUCUGUUCUCUCCAAAAUAGCGGCUUCCUGGGACUUCUCCCCCAUCAGCGUUGCAGGUGCUGCCCACACACAAGUGCCAAUGUUUAUAGGGAUCUUGCUGCCCCUCCUCCCUGCCUUCUCCCCCUCCUCUUCCAUCGCCUCUCACCGCCUCCCUAAUCCCCCCUCUCCCUUAGUCAGCUCUGCCUUUUUUUUUUUCCCCUCUCCAAAGCUCGAAUGUUUUGCACUUUAUUCAAGUUAAUCUCAGCUACAGCAGGCCGUAUCGGGUGUACGGCCUUUUCAGCAAUACGUGUUUCCUCCUGUGACCUGCCUCCAUCGCAGCGGAGCAACACCCUCCCUGAACUGCCUUCCGCGGCAGGAGCCUGCGCCGUCUCAGCCGAGGCUGGAGCAGAGCAAGCGGGGCCGAAACGUUCUCGCUUUGACUUGGUGAUAGCAGGGAGUGUCCAAGGGCCGAAGCAGGGGUAUGGCACGGGUACCUUGGCAUCGCCGUGAGACGGGGCUUACGGAAAAGACCAAGCUGUGACGACAGCCAAGGCUGUCCUGACAUUUCAUGUCUGUCCCUGAGCGUUUAGAAGUUCAGAGGUAUCUACAAAUGACAACUUGUGUUUAGGAAAAGGCAUCUUAAAGAUGCUUCUGUCUUCGUUCUCCGUUUUUCCACCCUGCUGUCCUGCAAGUUUGUGUUUUGGUUUGGUUUUGGUUUUUUUUUUCACCCACCACAGUUUUUACUCUCUGCAUAAAGCAAGCUUCUCUUCCCCACACAACAGCACUGAAGCCAGAGGCUGUAUAAUAUUUUUUUGUUAAAACCUCAGGAAAUGGUUUUGAGGACCUAGAUGUAUUCUUGUAGAGGGGGAGAUGAGAAAAAGAAUCGGGGGAAACAUUCUCAAGUUGCUCAUGUCCCAAAUCUCCCUAUUUAGCGAUUUAUUUGCAAAGACAGGGAGGGGAGCAGUUCUUCUGCUCAGCGUGCAGGGUAGCAGCCCGAGGGCUGUUGCUCGUUGCUGAACCAAGCAGCCGAGAGGGUUUUCAUGGACUUUUUGCUGGUUCCGUUUUAAACACGGCCAUAACAAUUACUGGUUUUCUUUUGCUUCCUGGUCCUUCCCUUUCCAAGCUGUUUCACAAGGUCUUCCGCAGGGUGCUUGUUGCUCACAGCUGCGCUCAGCUUUUGUUUUCAGCCUGCAACUGGGUUUCUUGCUUUUAAAGAACUCUGGCCAAGUGAUUUAUUUUUGCCUUGACUGGCCCUUCUGGCUCAGAGUUAUGGGCCAGAAGAACCACAAAGGUAUAUCCUUAAACUGGAACAAACCUGAAAGGAUGUGGAUACUGAAGUGUCACGUAGACUCAGCCUUACGACUUGUCUGUGAAGAAACCGCCGUGUGUUUUGUGUUCUAAACGUGGGGUGGAAAAACAUCCCAAAAGGGGAGAGAGAAGCAUCGGGGUUUUUGGAGUUGUUGAUUUCCCUGUACUUUGUGUACGCAGGAAGUGGGUUCUGUGUGUUUCAUGUUUUAAUAGUUGCAACUGAUGUUUAUAAAGAGCUUGUUAUUUACGUUUUAAGCACUUUAAAAAAAAAAAAAUAAAGUUGUUCAAGCUGUUCCUA